AUGCCCGUCGAAACGCGUAAGCGAAAGGCCAUGGCCCAAGCAGCCAUUCAGAGUGCCCAACCUGCGCCCUCGCCGCCCACAAGCACCACCAAACGACAGAGGAAGCUGCCCGUGCGGUCAAAGGACGACGUUCCAGAGCAAAAGCCAGAGGCACCCACGGCGGCGAGCAAGAGGAGCAACGUCAUCACGUUUGACGACGACGGCAAUGCAGACCGGGAACCAGCCGUUCCCGCUAAGCCCGUCGAGGCCUCAAAACCAGCCCAGCAGGAGGAAGAAAGCGAUGGUGAUGAGGCUCCCGAGGCAGUGUCCACCGCCACGGUGGCAGUUGAGAUGAAAAAGUCUGCGCAGGCGGAGAAGAAAGCUGCUCGAGAGCAAGCAGCCGCUGAAAAGCAGAAGCGGCAGCAACGAGAUGCCCUAUUCAAGCAGCAAGCUUCACAGCGAAAGGCUGAAACUCGGACUGAAAAAGUCCCAGCACCAAUCCAAGAAGUUUCUGCCAGGAAAUUGUCUGGAAAGAUGGUUAUCCCUAGUGUCCUACCUGCCGAGUUCCUGACAGACUCGGACAGCGAGGAGGAAGAUGAUGCAGAGUCCUCACUUGGACAAGACUUGCCCCGCAAGAGAACGGUUUCGGGCGUUGAGAAGCGGAUGUCGAGAGAUGGAAGGGGUCCUCGCGACGAAGUCAUUGGGUCUACGGUGUAUAGAAUCUCCAAGAAGGUCGACGGGAGGCUGGCGCCCAAGGCGAGGAAGUAUUCGAAAAGUAGCAAGGACAUUCUGCUAAAGAGGGGGAGAGCGCCUGUUCAGGGGCGAUCUGGGUUCUUCAAGAAAUAA